UUAAAUAACUUAUUUUCUGUAAAACGUUAAAUUUAGUACAAACUACAUAGAGAUGGAAGACGAUAAUCAAGAAGAUAGGUCCUCCAGUGUUGCUUACCACAGGAGUCCAAUCUUCAGAAAAAAUGAAGUAAAAGCCUUGGUAGAUCAAAUCACAAGGCAUAAAAGUAUAAUUUUAAAUAAAUGCACUAACUCAUCAACUAACCAAGCGAAAGAGGAGGCGUGGGAAAAAAUAUGCAAAGAAAUAAACAAACAGGGCUUUGAACAUAAGCGAACUGUUGAAGUUUUGAAAACAAAAUGGUUAAACCUCAAAAGGGAGGCUAAGAAAGUGGCAAAGAACAUAAUAGAUGCUAAUUGCUCAGACAUUAAUAAUGUGCUGGCACAAAUUGUGAUGAUUAUUAAUGAAAAUGAAGCAAACUCAAGUGCCUCUGAAGUUUAUCAGGAAGAUAAAUGUGCUUUAAAAUUAAAAGCAAUGAAUGAUAUGUUGGAAGAAAGUGAUAACAACACAUCUCAACCCUGGGAUAGCAAUGAUCAAUCUGAUGACUCUAAUGAUGGUGGUGACGAUAAUAGUAAAAGAGGCAGCAGAUCAUUGAACUUUACGCCCUCAGAAUGCAGUCUCCUAUUAAGGUGCGUCAGAGAUGAAAAGGAUAAUAUAUUGUUUAAAGGAAAAGGCUGUUCAGGGAGAGCUCUCAAGAUUGCUAACUCUGCUUGGGCUAGAAUAACGUAUAAGUAUAACAAACAGAGUAACCUGAAGAGGAGUACAAAAAUGUUGCGCACAAAAUUUUCCAACAUGAAAAGGUUGGCUAACUUUAAAAAAUACAUUGGUAAAAAUAUGAAACAUGAAAGAGAUGAAGAGUCUGUUGAGAUAAAAUUCGAGCCGAACGUACAAUCUAGCAACUUAGAUAUGGAUAAAGAUAAUGAGGAUUAUAAUGAUAUGGACAAUGACGUUGACAAUGAAGAUUUUCCUGAAAUGAACAUCGACACAAAUAUACAAAAUGAUGACAACUCGGAUCCACUAUGCAUGGUUCUUAAUGGAGAUUCAGGAAUAGAAUCAAUUAGCCAUUCCGGGUCCUAUAGUCAAUUCGACAGUAAGGAGGUCGUGAAGUUGAAGCUUGAAUUGCUGAAGUAUCAAUUGGAAACUGCGAAAUUGGAAAGACAAAGAAUCAAAGCUGCUUACGAUGCCGAAAACUCAGAACGAAAAUCAAAAUCCAUAGAGGCAUCGCUUCGGUUACGAGCAGCGAGAUUAGACGCAGUUGCCUCCGAGUCAAAGCUACCUUCGACACACACCGCGCUCCAAUACAGUGAUAAAGAAAAACUGGCGGAACAGUACAUGAGGCAAUUCGAAAACACCUGUAACAUUAACAAAAGUGGGAGUGACAUUGAUUAAUUAUUUACGAUUCGAAAGAUUCUUCCUAUGGUUUCGUUGUAAAAUGAUCUCGGAAUUUUCACAUCGCAAGGUUAGAUUUGAUUCUGCAGAAUGGCUGUCAGACUUCAAAGUGAAGCGAGAUUUAAUCGUCAAAUGGUUGCGGGCGGAAAGCAGACAAAAAUAACUAUAGUAUAACUAUGGCAGUUGCCGCUUAGUCAAAAGUACUGUCUAUACAAUAUUGCAAUGAAUUUAUCUAGAGAUACCAGCGGCACAAUUUAUAUGGCAAUACGAAAUGAUCUGUAACAUUAACUAAAAGUGAGAAAGAAAUUGAUUUAUUAAUGUAUAAUGUAAAAUUAAUUGAUUUUUGUUAUAACAAUUUUCGUGAAAAUUCAGGGUCCAGAUUUUUCUCAACAUUUACAAGCUAAAAUUUGAUAGUGAAGUGACAUUUGAACGUCAAAUGCUUGCGGACGGAAAGCGGACAAAAAUCAAUAUGAAUUAAAAAGUCGAGAAUAGACGCAAUUGCCUCCAAAUCAAACACAGUCAUCAAGAGAAACUAGCAAGUCGGUGUGAGAUUCUUCGUACAUCGAAUAAUAUCGAUGAAUAUCGUUGGAUUAUAGUUCGGCCGUGAAAUAUUGAUAACGAUUGCUCUGAACGUUAACAAUUGUUUAAUUUGACACUGCGAAUGAGCUGUCAAAUUUCGAACAGCAGGGAUUCAAAAUUGGCAAACGAAUAAAAAUCACUAUGGUUCAGUGUUCGAUGUCACCGCAGCACCGCGUCUCUCGCAGUUGUUGUAGCAUGUCUUAUAAUUCAGAAACAAACUGAAAAGUCACUUUGUUUCUUUAUAAAUUAUUUGUUAUUAAAAGCUGUCUAAUGGUUUCAGCAGAAUAAGAAGCUAAUAACCAUAGACACAUUCUUUUCAUUACAAAUCGAGCGGAUAAAUGAUGUUUCUUUAUCAAUAGACUGAUUAUUAUUAUUUAUUUUUAUGUAGAACUAUGUUGAAGGUUUAAAUUAGUAACAUACAUUUUUACUCUUAAGGCCCUGUUUCACCACCUGAUAAGUGUCAGAUAGCUUAUUCACAUAUUUUGUUUUUGUCACUGGAAAUAAAGUAAAAAUUUGACAGAACUUGUGUUUAGUAAAGGUGAAAGUGGUUGAACAGGCCCUUAUAGCAUACGUGACGAAAAUAAAAGAAGUAUUAAAUACGAAAA